UCUAAUGUCAAUGAAUGGGUCGGUGAACAAAAGGAAGCCAACAAGUCUCUGGGGGAGAAGAUCCGGGAGCAGAGUAAACAGAUCCAGCAACUCUCUACAGAAAAAGACCACAUGCAGGAGGUGAUUGAACAGCUGCAGAGAGAGAACAGACAUCUGAGGACCCUGGAAGAUGAGAGGCGCAUAGAGCAUGAGCGCUACAAGCUGUCACUGCGGCAGUCAGACUUGGAACUCCAUCAUCCCUCUGAGGAACCAGGGUCUCUGCGCUCUGCCAGAAGAAUAUUCACCAGUGCUGGAAACCUCAGGACAAAGCCGCGUGGAGGCUCAUGA